GGGCGGUGACCAGCUGAAGUUGACAGCUUCGGGGAUGCUAAAUGAUGGUCUGCAGGGGACUUCACUUCUCUGGGCGUCAGUAUCCCCCAAAUUGGAGGAGUCGCCUGGUGGUCUCGCCUGCGGCGGAUCAGACGGUGGGCAUGUUGGAGUCGCACACCUCGUGUGGACACACUCCAGGCUCCGGCUGCUGUCCCUUGGGGUUCACGACGCCCCCAUGCCCCGAGCCCCGCUUAGCGACAGCCUCUGUCGCCUCUCGGCCUACCUGGAAGAGCUGGAGGCCGUGGAGCUGAAGAAGUUCAAGCUGUACCUGGGCGCGAUGCCAGAGGCUGAGGGGGUCAGGAUCCCCUGGGGGAAGCUGGAGCCAGCGGGGCCCCUGGACACUGCACAGCUGCUGGUGGCUCACUGCGGGCCGGCCGAGGCCUGGCCACUGGCGCUGGGCCUCUUCCAGCGCAUCAACCGGCGGGACCUGUGGGAGAGAGGACAGAGAGAGGACCCGGUGAGGGAUACUCCACCUGAUGGCUCAUCCUCACUGGAGAGCCAGUCAGUAUGUUGUCUGGAAGUCUUUCCUGGAACUCCAAGGAAAGAUCCCCGGGAAACCUACAAGGACUACGUCCGCAGGAAGUUUCGGCUGAUGCAAGACCGAAAUGCGCGCCUCGGGGAAUGCGUCAACCUCAGCCGCAGGUACACCCGCCUCCUCCUGGUGAAGGAGCACUCAACUCCCAUGUGGGCCCAGCAGAAGCUUUUGGACACAGGCUGGGGACAGGCAAGAGCCGUGGGGCACCAGGCCAGCCUCAUCCAGAUGGAGACCCUCUUUGAGCCGGACGAGGAGCGCCCCGAGCCCCCGCGCACUGUGGUCCUGCAGGGAGCGGCCGGGAUGGGCAAGUCCAUGCUGGCCCACAAGGUGAUGCUCGACUGGGCCGACGGGAAGCUCUUCCAAGGCAGGUUUGAUUAUCUCUUCUACAUCAACUGCAGGGAGAUGAACCAGAGCACCUCGGAGCAGAGCGCCCGGGACCUCAUCUCCAGCUGCUGGCCGGAGCCCAGCGUGCCCCUCCAGGAGCUUGUCCGAGUCCCCGAGCGCCUCCUGUUCAUCAUUGAUGGCUUCGACGAGCUAAAACCCUCUUUCCACCACCCUCAGGGCCCCUGGUGCCUCUGCUGGGAGGAGAAACGGCCCACGGAGCUUCUCCUCGGCAGCCUGCUUGGGAAGAAGCUGCUGCCUGAGCUGUCCAUGAUCAUCACCACCAGGCCCACGGCUCUGGACAAGCUCCAGCGCUUGCUGGAGCAUCCCAGGCACGUGGAGAUCCUGGGCUUCUCGGAGGCCGAGAGGCGGGAGUACUGCUACAAGUAUUUCCACAAUGCAGAGCAGGCCGCUCAAGUCUUCAGCUUCAUGAGGGACAACGAGCCCCUGUUCACUCUGUGCUUUGUCCCCAUGGUGUGCUGGGUCGUGUGCACCUGCCUCAAGCAGCAGCUGGAGGACGGGGGGCUCCUACGACAGACGUCCAGGACCACCACGGCCGUGUACCUGCUCUACCUCCUGAGUCUGAUGCAGCCCAAGCCGGGGAGCCCCACCCUGCACCCCCCGGCCAACCAGAGGGCGCUGUGCUCUCUGGCGGCCGACGGCGUCUGGAACCAGAAGAUCCUCUUCGAGGAGCAGGACCUCCGGAAGCAUGGCCUCGAUGGGGCAGAUGUCUCCUCCUUCCUCAACAUGAACAUCUUCCAGAAGGACAUCAACUGUGAAAAGUUCUACAGCUUCAUCCACCUCAGCUUCCAGGAAUUCUUUGCCGCCAUGUACUACAUCCUGGGCGCCGGGGAGACCGGGUCCAGCCCAGAGCAGAGCGUGACGAGGCUGUUGGCGGAGUACGGGUUUUCGGGAAGGAGCUUCUUGGGGCUCACCGUGCGCUUCCUGUUUGGCCUCCUGAACGAGGAGACGAGGAGCUACCUGGAGAAGAGUCUCUGCUGGGAGGUCUCGCCUCACGUCAAGCUGGAGCUGCUGGCCUGGAUCCAAAGCAAAGCUCGGAGCGAGGGCUCCACCCUCCAGCAGGGCUCCCUGGAGCUCUUCAGCUGCCUGUACGAGAUCCAGGAGGAGGAGUUUAUCCAACAAGCCCUGAGCCACUUUCGAGUGCUCGUCGUCGGCAACAUCACCACCAAGAUGGAGCACGUGAUUGCCUCCCUGUGCGUGAAAAACUGCAGGAACGCCCUGACCGUGCGCCUGCAGGGGGCUGCCUACAGCCCGGAAGAGCACGAUGGCGGGAAAUGGACUUCCGGGCCCCGGGCGCUACCCGCACCGUCACCCGAGACGAACAUGUUGCCAGAUGCCUACAGCAAGCAGCUCGCUGCGGCUCUGAGCACGAAUCCACAUCUGCAGGAGCUGCUCUUGGACCGCAACGCCCUGGGCAGCCGGGGCGUGAGGCUGCUGUGUGAAGGGCUCAGACACCCCAGCUGCAAACUUCAGAACCUGAGGCUCAAGAGAUGCUGUGUGGCUCCCUCUGCCUGCCGGGACCUCGCGGCCGCCCUGAUGGCCAAUCAGAAUCUAAGAAGGAUGGACCUGAGCGGCAAUGGGCUCGGGCUGCCGGGUGUGAAGCUGCUGUGUCAGGGGCUCCGGCAUCCCAGAUGCAGGCUGCAGGCGAUUCAGUUGAGGAAGUGUGAGCUGGAGGCCGGCACUUGCCAGGAGAUCGCCUCUGUGCUCAGCACCAAUCAGCAUCUAGUGGAGUUGGACCUGGCGGGGAAUUCGCUGCAGGAUUUGGGUCUGAGGCUAUUGUGCCAAGGCUUGGGGCAUCCAGUGUGUGGACUGCGGAUCCUGUGGUUGAAGAUUUGCGACCUUACUGCUGCUGCCUGUGAGGACCUUACGUCCAUCCUCAGUGUUAACUGCAGCCUGAGGGAGCUGGACCUAAGCCUGAAUGACCUGGGGGACCCCGGGGUGCUGCUGCUGUGUGAGGGCCUCAGGCAUCCCCAGUGUAGACUCCAGACCCUCCGGUUGGGCAUUUGCAGGCUGGGCUCGGCCGCCUGUGAGGGUCUCGGUGCUGUGCUCCAGGUCAACCCCCACCUACGGGAGCUGGAUCUGAGUUUCAAUGACCUGGGCGACAGGGGCAUGUGGCCGCUGUGCGAGGGGCUGGGACACCCCACCUGCAGACUCCAGAAACUGUGGCUGGAUAGCUGUGGCCUCACAGCCAAAGCUUGUGAGCAUCUUGCUUCCGCCCUGGGCGUCAGCCAGACCCUGACGGAGCUUUAUCUGACCAACAACGCCCUGGGGGAUACGGGGGUCAGGCUGCUGUGCAAAGGGCUGAGUCAUCCUGGCUGCAAACUUCGAGUGCUCUGGUUAUUUGGGAUGGACCUGAACAAAAUGACGCACAGAAGGCUGGAUGUGCUUCGGGGAACAAGACCUCACCUGGACAUUGGCUGCUGAAUGGCUCUAGCUCUCCUCUUGAAGGCAGGGCAGAGGAAGAGCAUCACAGGACCCCGCUGGUCAACGGUGAGGAGCAGGCUCUCCUGUGCACUCCCAUUGCAGGAUGGACCCUUUCUGCUUGGGGACUGGGUCAAGGCAUCGUGGAGCCUGGAGCUUUUAGUUUGGGGGAUGCUACGGUCAUGGGCAGGACCUGAGGAUUCUUGAGCAGGGGCUCUAAGCCGAGGGCAAUUUUUGCACCCCUCCCUGGGACACUUGGCAAUGUCAGGAUUCUCCAAAUGCUAACCAUCGUGUAACACACAAGACAGCCCCCUACAGCCAGGCCUGCAGCCGAAAUGGCAUCUGUGGCAAAGUUGAGGACUAGCAGUGCUAUGAGGGUGCUAGACAGUCUCAAAGGGCGGGGCCGGGUGCCAGAGAAUACUGGUCAGGCCAGCAGCCCCGCCACCCACUCCCUUGCAGUACUGCUUUGCACAUGGUCCUGCCCGCUGGCCGGAUACCUCACCGGGAUUAGCCCACUGGAGGCUGGCCUGUGACCUGUCCCAUGCUGCGGAGGACACGGGCGAAACCAGACUUUCCCCGUUGGGGACUGGAGAUACGGAGACUCAGUCCAAGCCAGCGAUUGAUCCCAGGAACGCCCAAGGACACCAUGAGUGUGCUGAAAUGAAGCCAUUCGUCUAAGACUGGAAUUUAGUAGGAAGCACCUGGAGCCCAUGAAAUCCUGGAAAAGGAAGCUAACUCAGACUCUGCAGACAUUCCUGUGGACAUCAGCGUCUCAUUAACACUUGACUCUUGAAACCAAGGCCUUUCCUUCCUGAGUGCCCUUGAUUUGUCUGUCCUCCAGCCCCUUACAACCCCAUAAACCAUGCCCCAGACCCUUUGCCGAAGCUGAACAAGGAGAAACCUGGCCCACUCACCACCCAGGCCCUUAGGUAGCCUCCAUGAAGAUCUAUGCACAUGUCUGGGGAGUAGGAAUAUGUAACAUGCCUUGGAAGAGGAAGGGUGCGAGGGGAUCCUGGUCUGACAAGGUCUAGAAUGCUGGGGCAAGACUGCUCCUUGAUGUGAGCCAAUUUCAGGCACAGCCCUCUAGGAGGCAAGUGUUGAAAUGGAAGCCGCCCUGACAUCAAGAUCUUAGGAGCAACCAAGCUAGUGUUGGUUUGGUACCAUUAACCCACUCACUUUAGAACCCGCAAUUAGGCUUGUAUCUCUAAGAUACACCCCCUUUCCUUGUGAUUCUUUCCCAAUGUGCAAUCAAUUUUGGCUUUGCCUGUAGCCAAUCUGAAUGGAGGACACAUCACCCGUGUCCCUAUACUAUGGUGGGUAAGUCCAGGACUUUUCAGGGCUCCAAUUGGUUUCUAAUGUUCUACAAAACCUGUUUUAAGGUCAAAGAUUUCCUUUACUGAAGGUGGGGGGAAGCAGUGGGGGGAGCAGAGAUGAUCUAGCCCUUCCCUCCCACAUUGCUGAAAAGCCAAGGGCCCAUUUUUAAACAAAGCCACAAACCCACACAAAAUCAUGGUUAUUUUAUUGAAGUGUUUCACCAUUUGGAGAUGUUAAGGCUAAAAUAGGACCAGGAGCGCCUGGGAGCGCCUGGGUGGCUGAGUCGGUUCCAGCUCAGGUCCUAAUCCUCACGUUGCCUCGCAUUGGGCUGAGCUGCCAGAGCAGACCACGCUUGGGACUCUCUGCCCCUCUGCUCGUUCUCAAAGAACCUGAACUAGGACUCCAUGUAGAAUAAAGGCGGUUAAGGCAUUCAGAGGGAAAACCGGUCCUUGGCUUCUUACUACCCGUGGGCUAAAGGUUGUACACAACACUCCAUUAGAACAAAUGGCUGUGGGGGGAGCCAGCCUGCAGGAGGGAUGGGGGGGCUGGAAGCCUCAGCUCGGGUCCAGGACAGCAGGCUGGGAAGUUAAGCCUUCCAAGCUCUAGGACGUUGAGGAUUUCCUCAGACAAGGACACACAAAAAUGGGAGCACUUUCCAGACAGAGAACGGGAAGUGCCCCCAUUUUGUGUAUCCCAGUCUGAGCACUGCGAAGGAUUGGUCUCCUAGCUGGAGGUACCACCGGGACAUCUAGGUACAGAAAAAGUCUCAGGUUAUGAACGCAUUAGGGGCGCACUGAAUGGCCAGGUCAUGGGUGUUGACCUCGCAAAACCAAAGGUAGGUCUCCAGCCCAUUCCCUGUGCCCCCAAACCCCACUUGCCUUGGAGAGCUCAGCAGCUGAUACAUAAGCUGUGACAGUCUGACGAGAGCAAGAUGGACUCCGCUGAUGGUGCCCACCAAUGACACCCAAAUACAGUAGCACUUUUCACUGAUUUGUCUGAAGAGUGCUUCCACAUUUGAGUACCACGGGAGAGCAGAGCAUUGCCCAGAGGGAGCCCGGACUGGGCUCAGAAGAACCCGACGGGUCUUAAGGACCCAUCCCACGGUUCUGUGUAGAUCUUCCCAAUCGGUGACACUCAAAAAAUGGCGGCACUUUCCUACUUAGAACAGAAAGUGCCCCCACAGUUUGAGUACCACAGACUGUGCUUAAGGAAUGCCAACCAUCCCACCAGGCAAAAAUCGCUUGCAGGAUUGGAUUAAACCCACCUUGACCCUAGGUCUGGGAAGCGGUACACUAAAGAUUUAUUAGAAGUCAAAGUUCGCGCAAACCGCCAGAUUAGCACAGAAAUAGCUCAGCUAAGGAGAACACUGUGCCCAUGUAUGUAUCCGUCACCCCAGGCCCAAAGAACUUAACUACGGUGCUGGGUAACUUAGGAACUAACUUGGGGGUGGCUGUAGUUAGGCCUUCACGUGGAUUGGAACAGCCUUACUACCCUGAAGGCCACUCCUACCCUAAACACCCUUGAAAAAUGAACCCCAGUCACACCCACGGGGCACCUGUAGGCAAGAACCCCAGAAAGAUGGCCAACACACCUCAUGGGGAGAAUCCUUGAGAAAGCUUGGGAGCUGGGGAAACAGGGACCAAGGGGCAGGGGAAAAGCCGUCAGUGCACGAUCAGAAUGCAGGAAGUAAGGGAAACAUCUCCAAGAUGGGAGAUGGGGGAAGGUAGGAAAAAGGAGACAGCUGAUACUCACAAAGAAGAAAGCAGGAAGGCCGCGACCCGUCUCAGGCAGGAAGGUCUGGGCUGCUGGGCUCUUAUAUAAACCGAAAGCUCACUCCCUUCUCUCCUUCUCCGCCCAGACCCACCCUAGCCCCUCUGAUUGGAGCUGGUCUGGGUCAGACACACCCUCACCUGUUUUCUUAAACUACUUUUUUGUUUGGUCCGUCACCAGGACUAGGGAAAUGCCAAAUCCUCAAAGGAAAGUAAUUUCACCUCCUGGGAAUUCCUGGGAAUCAGUCAUUCCUUCAGCAAAUAUUUAAGCAUAAUAUGUAUUAUGUUUAUUGAACUUCUGGGAUGUACCUGGCAUUUUGCUAGGUCCAAGGGUAAAAGGGAUACGUAAAGAAGACCCUGGGUUUUUAAUCGCCUAGAACAGUGGUUUCCAAUCAGGGGUGUUUUUUUUUUUUUUUUUCCUCCCCAGGGGAUAAUUGGUGAGGUCUGGAGACAUUUCUGGGGUCGGGAGGGGUUGGGCAGGGUGUUCUCAGCAUUUAGUGCUUGGGGGCCAGGUGAGUCUCCUCUCCAGGAAGAAUGGUCCCUGGCCCAAAACCUAACACCUAUAGCAAUAGAGUGAUCAAUCGGCAGGAAAAAAAAAAAAAGCCUUCCUCCCCAAAAUGAGCAAACAAUUACUGUUCCUAUUACGUCAUCUCAAUAUUGCUUCACAUUCCUAAAAACGUGGAUGUUGGGAGCUUCCAUGUUUUUUAAAUUCAAUACAAAGUUUUUAAAAAGUAUUUUAAGGACGCCUGGCGGGCUCAGUCGGUGGAGCCUUGAUCUCGGGGUUGUGAGUUCGAGCCCCACGUUCGGUAUGAAGAUUGCUUACAAAUAAAAAAAUUUUUUAAUUAAAAAAAAAAAGCUCUGUUUUAACCACAAAUGUUAGAGCACGACUUCUCAACAUGUUCUGAUACCUUUUAAAAGUGUGCACCGUUUUGACUUAAUUCAUGCAUCUGCCUGAGCUCUGAGGCCUUCUUGGAAUUCUCCCCUUGGCAAAUCUUGGAGGUGUGCCUGAGGCCCCUGAGGUUUGCAAAGAGAGAUUGGGGGCAUUAAAAUACAUAAAUAGUGGAAAAAUCGAUAAAAUGUGCUUUAAUGGCUGAAGGGCAAUACAGAGUAUGCGUUUAUCAUAAUUUCAUUUGUGAACCCCCUACUGUUAGACAUUUUCAAUUUUUCAAAUUUUGGGAUUUUUUUUUUGUUUGUUUAAGUAGCCUCCAUGCCCAAUGCGGGGCUUGAACUCACAACCCCCAGAUCAAAAGUCGCACACUCUACCGACUGAGCCAGCCAGGCGCCCCCAAAACUUAGGAUAAUUUCUUAAAUGACCCUAGACAUUCAUGACAGCAGCUCUAACAAGAGCCCAGCCAUUUCUAAAAUCUGCGAAUCGCUGUUAACCCCUCAAGAGCUGUGGGCACUUAACAGGCAAGGCCAAUAAAGGUGCAGCGACGGGCACAGGAACACAGGGUCAGAAAGAAGGAAAAGUGCCACGGAGCCCGAGUUUAGAAGUCCGGGCUCCAAAGUCUUGCUUUGGUCCUUGUCAGCUUGCUGGAGGGCAGUGCAUGGGACCAGGCACGUGCUCCAGAUCAGAUCUAAACCGGGAUCCCCUCCUCUGCCGCCACACCUGGGCGCCUGGACCUUCAGGUGUCUCCCCAAAUUCACCCGGCUCCUCCCCAUUGCCUCACCUUGUCUUGGCAAUUUUCUGGGCUUUCUCCUCCCGCCCUGGACCCCCCCCGCCCCAUGCAGCACAUUUAUCCUUGACCCCAUACUAAAACCCUCUUCUCUAGGGGGCUCCCCCAGUGCUAUGUGAUAGCACCCUACAUCCCUUUACUGACUUCACGCUCCAAGUGCCUACAUUUCUGAUGAUGUCUCGAAUAACAUGCUUACCCCUUCUCAGGUAUUUGUCACAGUUUUUUAUUUGCCUCUGGUGCUUAGGUCCUGGGGAACAGCGGCUAUUCUGUCUUAUUCACCUGUGCCCCCCGCCCUCCCAGCCCCACCUCCACAAUCCCAAAAUCAGUCCUGGAUUUGUCACAAAGAUGCAGUGAGCACUCCCCCUCCCCCCACCCAGGGUGAUAAACGUUGUUAAUGCAACUGAAUUUAAGGAACAUUAAACAAAGACUACAUUGCAAAGAUGAUUUUCAGUCAACUGAUGGUAAAAGGCCCAUUUUUGAUAUUUUUCCCAGUGAUUUGGUGACACUUGUGGUGAGACAGUGCUGGACAAGGAGCUCCUAAUACCUCCCUCCGAUUUGCAAAUUCCAUGCUGGGUCUAACCUUGGCUGUUUUCACCACUUAACAUGCCUGCUUAAAGUCUUAUCAAGUUUACAUCAUUGUUAGCUAUUUUCUCCCCCAAUGUAUUGCUUUCUUUUUUUUCCCUCCAGCUUUAUUGACUUAAAGUCUCAAAUUAAUAUUUUAAAGGGUGUUUUUUUCAUGUGUGUGUGG